GGGGCGUGUCCUUAGCGCAGCGGCUCCCGCCACACGGUUCACUGUUGCCAAGCAACAAGUCCACAAACUUAACUGAGCUGUGAGCUGCGGGUCUUCAGUGAGAGCGUAGGUAUUUUGUUAUAAGAAUGAGUACUGGUCGGACUGUGGAGGGUGCAGGCUGCAUCACUUGGUGGGGAUUUGGACCAGCAAGAGAUCUUCUCAAUGCAGGCACUUUAAGGCCAGCGGGGGAGGUAAAUGUUCUUCUGUUGGGAGCUGCAGACCCAAAACACAUUCUGAAGACCAUUGCAGGUCUAAAAGAGACUGACACGCUUCAUGUUUGGGUCAUUGAGAACAGUAUGGAGAUUGUUGCAAGGCAGCUGCUGCUGCUCUAUCUGUCUCUGACUACUCAUGAGAUCAUGGGCAUGCAUGAAAAGACAGAGGUGUUUCUUGAGCUUUUUGGGAACUCUGAAAUUCGCUGUCAGACUGAAGAGACACUGAAACAUGUUGCUGCUCAACUUUCUCUAGCAGUCACUGACACGCUUGAUGCACACACUCAGGAACACCUGUGCUUCAACACUAGUCUUCUCAAGUUCAAGGAGAGAGAUGAGCUAGCUCGACUAUUCAAACAGUGGCAGCACCCCCCCUCCUCCCCAGCCAGCGUGUUUAAAGCCUGGGACGCCCGUGUCAGACAACACCUGGGCACACGCUAUGACUCCCGCAAAGGCUGCUUCGACUGGGACCUCACCAUGAAACUCCAUCCUAAAGGGUGUGAAGUCAUAAACAGACAGCAGUACAUCAAAUGGCGGGAGAGGGGCGUGGCUUUUGAGAUGCGGGAAGGGUUAUAUCAGACGACCAAUCAGAGUCUGAUUUCCACACGCGUAUUUAAUCACAGAGGAGACAGGAUGGCAGUAAGAGGAUACUGGGGAGACGUUGUCUCGAGUCCCUACCUCUCUUUUGGCAUUGAAACUGAGAACAAAGAUCUUCUGAAGACACAAAACAAGCAGCAUGUGAAGACGGCUCAGGAUAUCUCUAUAGUGAACGUCCAGAUGCUGUUUGAGUCUCUCUCAGCUAGAGGGGGCCACCGUGGUGAUUCACAGAAUGGCUCAAACAGUCACGCAACAGAAACACAACCACAGCCUGGUGCAUCAACCAAUGAUGAAACAGAGCAGCAUCCCCAGAAUCAAAACUCUGCAGAGAACCAAACAACCAAAAAAGAGACACAAGUAGUCGAUACAGAGAGACAAAUACAAACAGAAGUAAAUACACAACCCAAAACACAGCACAGGACUAUUCAAUCAGAGUUGAUGAGCCUGGGUGGAGUGAGUGUAUCAUUUCUAUCUCCGGAUUCCCUGUCUAAACUACCCGUGAAAAGCAGAUACAGUCAUCUGUUCAACGUCAUUUACUGUUCAGCAAGCAUGGUCCAUCAGUUAGAUUCUUCACUAAAGGGAAUAGCUGCACCGGAUGCUCUCCUGAUUGUGGAACUCGCCAAGUACCUGCUGGAUUUGUCUAAGGAGCAGGAGGCAGCUUUUGCAGUGAAGGUUGAACAGAUUGCUAAAGAAGCAGGAUUCAUACCAAUUUGUAACCAGAGUGGUGAUGCAUAUGCUGUAUUCACACUGCAGAAGAGCUGAUGAGAUCACACACAGCCUAAGCACAUACCCUCAGUUGUUAUGUCAAUGUACUCAUGGUCAUUAGACUCUGAAAGAAAAACCCAUGGUACAACACAACUCUGAACAUAGGGGAACGGAAUUAUGCUGACAAUUCAGAUCAGUGUUUCCUAUUUUGUGUUAAAAAAGGAUGAACACAGUUUGGUUAACUGGCCUUCCAUAUAGAGCAGAGAAUGAGGUAAAACAAAAAAUGAAACCCAGAAUAAUAAAGACAGAACAAUACAAGAGUUUGGUUAAA